AUGAAAGGAAGUUCAAGUCAGAGUGAAAGUACUGAUACUGCGCCAAGUAGCUUGAAUGAUAUCUCUAAAACGGAAACCAAUGAUAUCCUUCUCAAAUUAGAGGAGGACGGUUAUAUCACUCCGGAUGAAAAAGUAGAAGAACUUAUAAGAAAUAUCACAGAACCAAAAUUCUUAAAUGCUAUAAAAUUACUUUUUGAAAACCAUCAAAAUAAAUUUUCGUCUCAAACUUUAGUAGAUUCAUUAAGAAAUUUAGCCAAUCCUUCAUUGUUUGACCAACAUUCAAAAGAAAUCGAAAUAAAAUUGGAAUUACAUUUGCGAACGUUGUUAGCCGCUCUGGAACAGAUAUGUUUUUCACAAAUAGUUAUUUGUAAGGAAGUUCGAGAUAUAGUUCACAAUUCUCUGACGAAAUUUGCGGAAAUUCAUCGCAAAAACAUACAAUUUAUUGAAGAAGGACUUGAUAGUCUUAAACCAAAGUUCAAUCAAUCCAAUCAGAAUAUUGAUGACGAAAACAAAUGUAUUAAAAGGCAUAACUAUAAUAUCGACUUUUUAUUGCUGCACUUGCAUGAUACACUACAUAGUCUGCGCGAUGAUGAAACUUGGUUUCAAGAAAUUUUAGGUAGGACUAAAGACUUGUUGAAGACAGGUCUAAAUAUUACACCAGGAAUUACAAGUAUUGUAUCACUCGGAGUUGUUCUUCCAAAUGAUAAUGGUCCGAACUUAUCAAUGCUUACCCAAGUACGUCAAGGUAUAAGUUUUAAAUAUCCAGUAGCGACUUAUUAUGUUGAUUGGAGAAUUAUGUUAAUAAUUCAACAUAACCUUUUUAUUUGGUCUGAAAGUGAUGAAAAGAUAAUUGAUAGAAAGUUUGGAGAAAGGAUAUUAAUGGAAUAUCUUUGGAGCUAUUCAGAAAGAGAGUGGAAUAAUAUUGUUGAAAAAUCCAUAUUAGAUUCUCAAACUAAAUUUGAUGAAGAAUCAAGUAAAUUCGUCAAGACCUUAAAAAACAUAGGAAGUUUUUUAAAUGACCUUUCCGGAAAUGAACCACAAACAUUACCUGAUAUGUUAUGGUUUGGAGUGUUGGAUCUUGCACAAGAUCUCAUUCAGAAAUCUACUCAACCAGUUAUAUAUGGACUUUGCUAUUAUCUAGCAAUUGAGUCACUCAAUAAAGCUCCAAACAGUUUCAUUCAAUUUAAAGCUAUUGAGAUAUUAUUAUGUUUACAAAAUAUUAAUGAAUCAUUUUCAAUGAUAGAACUAGAUUUUGACGAAUAUGCUCAAAAAUUAUAUGAAAAUGAUUCAAUAGAUUCUUUAGAAUCAUUUCAAAAUUUAUUAGCAUUUGUUAAAGAAAAAUGUCAAGAAGACUUAAUUAUGCUAAAUAAUGAUAUUAAAAAAGGAACAGAAAAAUGUUUUGAUCAGAAUACAUAUUUUAAACAAGAACAAAUAUUGAAUUCCUUUAAUAUCAUUGAUAUUAUUGCAGAUGAAAUGUCUUGUUCUAUCAGUCAUGAACCUGAAAGUCAAUUAUGUAUUUUAAAAUGUCAACAUUUGAUUUCUUUAAAUAAUUUAAACAAAUUGAAACAAAAUGAAUGUCCUAUUUGUCAAGAAAAAAUUGAAAAUAAUGAUAUUAGAUCCUUAUUACAAAAUUCUAUUUACAAAAAUCUAUAUUUGCGCCUUUUGGACACUGGACGUGUUUUACCCUCAAAUGGAUCAGAUAAGAAUGAUUCUGAUAAUUCAGAAGUUGAACAAAUUUUAAGUACAAAGAAGAAAUAUAUUAAAACAUUCAAAUUGAACUCAAAGAUAUUACAACCUAAAAAACAACGUCCAGUUUAUCGAAAUGUUAUAAAAGAAUUAACAGAGAAAAAUUAUGAAAUUGCUAUUUCAAAGUGUCAGGAAUAUGUAAAUGUCUAUCAUAAAAGUUAUACUAUGAAAUGUAUUUUAGCUUAUGCUUAUAGAUGUCUUGAUAAUUAUGACCAAGCGCUAUCAAAUUUAAAAGAUGCUAUUAAAUUAAAAGAAAGCAAUUCACUUGCUUAUUUUAUUCGUGGAGAAAUACUUUUCAGACAAGGUUACUAUGAAUAUGCAAUACAGAUGUUAGAAAAAUCAAAAAAUCAUAAUAAUAAAUCAAAUAACUUAAAUAUAUUAUUAGGCAAUAGUUAUUAUUCUAAAGCAGAAAAUUUAACAUAUGAUAAGGAAGACUUUUAUGAUAAAGCCUUAAAAAGUUAUAUAUUAGCAUUGCAAAAAGAUUCGAAAAAUUAUUUAUGUUUGAAGUAUUGUGCACAUAUUUAUAAAAUUCAAGAAAAAUAUUUAGAGGCAUUAGAAAUGUUGGAAAAGAUACUGAAGCUUCAUCAGGAUGAUUCAUUAAUACUAUGUUAUACUGGUGAAAUUCUUAAUUAUUUAGGAAAGUACAAUGAUUCAAUAUCGUAUUAUACAAGAGCAUAUCACAUUGAUUCCGAGAAUACUCAUUUUUUAAUAAAAAAAGCUAUCACCCAUUAUGAACUUCGAGAUUAUGAAAACGCUCUAUCAGUUCUUGAUGAAUUAAUACAAUUGGAUUCUUCGUAUAGUCUUGCUCAUUAUUAUAAGGGAUUAGUGUAUUUUGCGUUAGGAAAUAAUGAUAAAACUAAAAUUGAAGUAAAACGAUGUAUAUCAUUAUUUAAUUCUGGUGAUAAUUUGGCGAAAUUUCUGUUAAAUUAUUUAAAUUGUUUAUUUGAUAAAUCAUUAAUUGGCGGAAAUAUUUUAAAUAAUUAUUUAAUGCAAGAGUAUUCGAAUACAAGAAUAUGGUCAUUUUUAUCUGAAUAUUUUGAAAUAAGUGAUAAUGACUUUAUUGUACUUGGAAUUAUUAAUAAAUUUCAUAAACUCAUGUAUAAAGAAAAAUGUGUGUAUUUUAUUUCAAACCUUGCAAAUUUGAAUGAUGAAUUUCAUCGGUUUAAAAUGAUUGAUUCAAAUAGUUUAUCUGGACAAGUGUUAUCUUUCAAUGAUGAAGUAAUUCCUAUUAUUUUGCCAAAACUUGGUAGUAGUAGAUUUAUUUCUUGUUACGUUACAUGGAAAAUAAAUGUUGAAAAGUUAUUGUCCAAAGAUUGUUAUGUGGAGUUUAUUGUUAAAACAAUUGAUAUAUAUAGUAGUCGUAUCAGAUGUCACAAAUUAACAAAUGAAAAUUUAUCAGAACUUGUUGGAUUGGGUUGGGUUGAAUAUUCACUCCCAUUCAAAGUAAAUAAAUGGGUACAACCCUCAAUAAAUGUAAAAGAUAAUUCUAUUAUCAUGCAAAUCGAUUAUGUUCGACUUACAACAUAUAGAAAGGAUACUAUUUAUAUUCCUAAAAUAGUUGAUCCCUUACAAAUCUUUAAGUUACAUCCAAACGUUCCAAAAGUAUUUAACGACAAGUAUUUUUCAAAGAUGGAAAUGGAAGAAUAUAUAGAAUUAAAGGAUGUCAUUGGUUAA